AUGCUCUCGAACGCGACGCGCAUCAACAGCGACCCGAGUUGGAGGCUAAAGGAGUUCAUGUCAAGCCCAAUGGCGCCUCCAUCGGACGUCCAGCUUUUGCUAUUCAAUGACCUAAAAUUCUUCUUGUCCGCCACUGUGCCACAAAGAUCAUGGUGUGCUGAACAAAUAACAAGCCACGGUGGGAAAGUCGUGCACCUCGAGAAAGCUGCCGACAUUUUCCUCGUUGAUAAUAUGAGAAAAGACCUCCCACAAGGAAGCUAUUCUUUCAAGUUCAUAGAUCGCUGUUUACGCGCAGGGAAGCUGUUGGAUCUGGAAGACUUCCGUGCAGGGCCCGCACCCGGAAGUAUUCGCCCUGUAGGGUCGAUAUCUACUCCCUCCAAAAAGCAACGGGCAGGAUUCUCAGCAAAAGACGACCAGAUUCUAUAUGAUUGGGUAAAGCCUUUCGAACAACAAGGUGGCCCAAUCAGGGGAAAUAAAAUUUAUCAACAACUUGAACAACAACAUCCCCAACAUACAUACCAGUCAUGGCGAGAUCGGUACCUACGAACAGUCAAGGAUCGUCCACGCCCAGUGGCUAGGGAGGACAAUCCUGGUGGACAGGCUCCCUCUAUUGCAUUGAACUCAUCAGAGUCGAGCAGAGAGCCUUUAGUGCCAGAGGAACAUUCAAAGUCACCGUCUCCUCAUAUCACUUCUAUUUCCUUCUCAGAUUCCGAGGAAGCCCGACUGUUCCGUAUGGCGCCCCAAAUUAUAGAGAUUGAUACCUCACGAGAAGCUGAAUUCUGGGAAGGGUUUUCCUUGGUAAAUACCCGCCACACGGCAUCUGAAUGGAAAAGCUAUUUUGAUGCAAAUGUCCGACCCAAAUAUGUCGCAGAUUCUAAAGAACCAGAGGCAUCAUCAAGUCAGCCCGCUUCUCCUUCUUCUGCCAGAGUCUCUCAACAAUCCAGUGCUCUAUCGCCUCGAAUAGCAUUGUCAACAAAGACAAUCAUUCCUCCACCCCAGGUUCAAGGUUCAGAUAACGGAGAUGCGCCGCUUAUACGUAUGGCAUCCAACUUUACGGGGAAGAGAAAACGCAACUCAUGGAACGAUGGCGUGCCACAUGAUACCACCAGUGGAGAUGAGACUGAACUUCCCUCCAGGAAACGACAGCGAACGGCCAAAGAUACAGAAAUAUUCGGUAAAGGUAUAGUACAGCCUAGCGUAUGGAGACACGGAGUGGAGCGAGAAUCAACCAUAGCUUCGUUGUCAGAUACCGAGGGAAAUACAGCUAGAGCACCGAAUGGAACUUCUCCCUUUUAUGAAGAAUUGCCGAUCGAGCUCGCUGGCUCAGCAUCUAGAGACGCAGUGCCAUCAUCUCAUUCAUCAGCCAAUUCGUCCCAAUCCAGUGAAAAAUAUGAAACUGCUCUACAAGGUCAAUCAACCCAAGCGAUCUUUGCUGAUCCCUUACAACAUUCUCAGGAACUCGAUGACUUGCUCAAUGGACCGCUGCCGAAUAUUCCAGAUACAGCCGAACCGCUGGAUAUAGCUGAAGAUGAAAAGGAAGUUCAAGAACUAGAUGUAUGGAUUGAAUCAAGACUCAGAACAGGCAGAGCAAAGGAUGAAGACCAAAUCACUCAGGCACUUUCAUGUACCUCCAUGAACCCUUUUGUUGCCGAUAUAGUACUAGACUAUCUCAAGGAGGGUAAGGCCAUUCCAACCGACAUACCGGGAAUAUGGACCGAAGAAGACGAUCAUCUAUUAGUCACCGGAAAUCAUAAUGAUGUACUUAAAUUGCAGAAGAAACAUGGUGUCGAAAAUGCCGAUAUACGGGGAGAGUAUUUGAACAAUGUGCGGCAGCUGGAGUUGGAAGAUGAGGAAGCUUCAGCCAGCUCACCAGUUUGUUGA